CGCAUCAAGUGGGAGCACGAGAUAACACACGUCUUUGUGAGAGAGAAUUCAACAUACGACACCGCUUCAGAUCAUCGCAUAAUUCCCCUGAAGACUAUAAAAGAGUCAGAAAAAACGCCGGCAGCCGCCUCAAAUCCGGUUUUUCUCAAACAAUGGAGGGAGUAGGAGCCAGACUCGGGCGGUCGUCUACUCGAUACGGGCCAACCACCGUCUUCACUGGGCCGGUCCGCAAGUGGAAGAAGAAGUGGGUCCACGCGUCGGCGUUCAAUUCCAACAACCACGACCAUCAAACCCCAAACGGAAACGCUAAUGGCUCCUCACAUCUCUUGUUCUACAAGUGGACGGUGAUAACGCCCAGCCAAAAUAAAGACAAUAACGGUGGUGAUAGUAACAAUGGCAAUAAUAAUGUUAGUAGUAACGGUGACUCAAAGAAUUCCGAUAAAGUAGACUCCUUUGCAGUAGAGGAGCCACCCAAGCGUAAAUUUAAGUAUAUUCCGAUUGCUGUGCUGGAGGAACAAAAAAAUGAGUUGUCAGAACAAGUCGAAGACGAAGCUAAACCAAUUGAGUUUGAUGCAAACGCAGAAGAGGUAACCUCUAAGAGUGACAGGUUUGAUGAAAAGCCAGACAUCAAUGAUGUCCCUACGGAUGAAAAUAAGUCCACGGAUAAUAGUCCAGAAGAACGACAAGAUUUGAAUGAAAGCACUACAUUUGGCUUGAAUGAGAAUAAUGGAGAUAAUGAAUCGGACUCCAAAACAGAUCAAAGUGAGAGACAACCACAACCGGUUUGAAAGAAUGAACCUCAGUACUACCGGUACAUGAUGUAUUGUGACGUUUAUUUAUACCUUCAAGCUGUAGCUUAUUAUCAUGCAUGGAAUUCCGGUAAUACUGGUUGCAUUAUGAGACAGGCAAUUGAUAUUUUUGUAAUGUCGGGAUAUCAAAUUUUACAAAUUGUAGUUGAUAUUGGACACAUUGAGAUGAAAUUUGCCCAGAAUGAAAUUGACUUAAAACUGAGUUGCACUA